AUUUGGUUAAAAAUAUUUAGCUUAGCAUCUUCGAAAUUUACAAUAUCUUUUGAAUAUUGAAUUUGGUUAUAGCCCUAGCGCAUGCUCCUGUCAUCACAUUUUUCAGUCUUCAAUUUACAUUCUCAAUUUCGCAUACCAUCACAGGAAAUGUCGUGUUGAUUUCUGUCGAAUGGCUCAUGUCGUAUCAUUGUUUGUCGGGAAUAACCCACGGUGUACGGCACGUAGACCAAAGUAGUCAUACUACUGUAUAAUUUCAUUAACUGGAAUUACUUGUAUUAUAGUUGGCGGCUUAAGAGUAAAGAACAGGAAAUUGCGCUAACCGGCAAUUCUGUAAUUUGUACAGUCAGACAGUUGUAAUAGUUCGUUCGUUUUCAGUUUAAAGUUUUAGACUAUAUGUGCUAGUUACAGAGUUGCUAAGUUCUUACAGUCUUAAGUUACCGUACGAGUAAUAUUGCAGUAUUGUGAUACUGUUUAGUACGGUAUUAGUAUUCAUUUUCGAAGCAGAGACUACAACUUUAAAUUAAUUGAAUCCGUUUCUGUAAAGUUUUCAUCAGUUGUGUGGCGCAAAAAUAUAAUCAAGAUGCUGCCAAUGACAAAUAAAGACGGAGAGUUCAAGCCUGAAAUAAAAGCUUGGGGCAAAAUAAAAGGAUGGAUAAGGAACAUCAUAAAAGAUCCAAAUUCAAGAAAUCUUCUAUUCUUUCUUCUAUUGAAUUUAUCGUUUGCUUUUGUGGAAUUAUUUUGGGGAAUAUGGAGUAACAGCCUCGGUUUAAUAUCAGAUUCAUUUCACAUGUUUUUUGAUUGUACUGCGUUACUUGCUGGUCUUGCGGCAUCCGUUGUUUCUAAAUGGAAGGCAAAUGAAAGGUUUUCUUAUGGAUAUGUUCGUGCAGAAGUACUCGCUGGUUUCAUCAAUGCUUUAUUUCUUCUUUUCAUCUCAUUUUUCAUAUUUUCUGAGUCAAUUGAGAGGUUAGUUGAACCCCCUGAAGUGAAGCAUGAAAGAUUAUUACUUGUGUCUGUUCUCGGAUUUUUUGUAAACAUGGUUGGAAUAUUUGUAUUCCAUGGACACGGACAUCAUGGUCAUUCCCAUGGUGGACAUGAUCAUGGCCAUGGACAUUCACAUGGUGGUCAUAGCCAUGGUGGUCACAAUCAUGGACACGGACACGAUCAUGACCACGGACACGACCACUCCCAUAGUCACGGACAUGAUCAUGACCACUCUCACGCACAUGAUCAUUCUCACGACCAUGGACAUGGUCACGGUGACCAUCACGGCCACUCACAUGGGCAUGUACAUCAUGACCAUUCGCCAGAAGCUUCUCAACAUCAGAUUUUACACAGUGUUUUUCUACAUAUCAUGGCUGACACUCUCGGAAGUGUCGGAGUUAUCGUGUCUGCACUUUUAGUUAAAUAUUUUGAUCUUAUGAUUGCCGAUCCUAUUUGUUCAAUGAUGAUAGCAAUCCUUAUCGCUGUCAGCGUUUUCCCUCUUCUGCAAGAAUCAGUUGGAAUUUUAAUGCAAAGAACACCGUUGUCUCUUGAUCAUCAAUUGCCUGGGUGCUACCAGAAGGUAAUGCAACUCGAAGGUGUAUACAGAAUUAAUGAACCACAUUUUUGGACUCUAUGUAGCGAAGUAUUCGUUGGAACAAUAAAAAUACAGAUUGCUCCAAAUGCAAAUCCAAGAUACAUCAUGAGCCAAGCUCACUCUAUUUUUGCUCAGAUCGGUGUUCGUCAGUUAUAUUGCCAAAUUGAUUUUACCUCUGUUUGACGAAGAUUAUGUGACAUAAAGGUUUUCGUCCGAACAAAUUUUUAGAAAUUGUCUGAAUAUUGACUGGUGCCAAGACCUAUUGUUAAAUGAAGCAUGACCAAAUAUAUAUUAUUGGCUGUUUUUUAUUUAUCUGUAUCUAGGAUUUAUUAAAUAUGCUAGAAUUAAGCGAAUUUUAUUUUUUGAAUCUUUCUUAGGGGUUCUCAAACGGGGUAAAUUAGAACAGCAUUGGGGGGUAAAUUUUGCGGAGAAGAACGUACAUGGUUUGGGAUUCAUUCUGGGAACCCAGUCUUGUUUUUUGUUUCGGAUGUUAGAAAACCGCAGCAAAUUGUAACAUGUACUGCAAGCUGCAGCUAAUGACUAGCUGUGUAUAUACCAAUUUGGCAUUUUGAAAGUUAUGUAUUAGAUUUAUGUAUAACGUUCCAUGAAAAGUUUCGAUACCAUUUUGAGGAAGUAAAUUUUACUUUGGGAAUUUUCCAAGAAGUAAACAAAGGUUGAAAGCCCCUGAAUCAGACAACUUUUUCAGACAAGCCAUUUGAAUAUCGAUAUAUAGCAUCUCUAUUCCCUCUUUGCCUAUCCUGUCAUGUUAAUGGCCAAUGUUGAUGUUUAUUCAUUCAAUGAAAAAAAUCUUGGAUUUUUUUUAAAAACACAAUGAAUUCUUUGAAGCUUUCUAUAUUCAUGCUCUAUUACGGGGAUGGCGAAUCUUUUUCAAGGAAUAGGUCACACAUAUUUUUAUCCUGAAUAUAAGGAAUGUGGGUAGUUUUAAGCCUACCUGGGCUAUAAUUAUAGGUUACUGUUUCACGCUUAUUUGUACACAAAAUUUUGUGGAACACAAUAACAGGUAUCCCAAAAAACAUUCUUUAGGCUCCUAUCUGGUUUAUGAACCUUCAAUAGGAAACCGCUUUCGUAAACAGAAGUCGCUGCCAAUAGAUGCUAAAAUGUUGGAGUUGCUGGAAAUACAAAUCAAUUACCUUUUAUGUCGUAAACAAUGAUACUUCAUUAUUGCUAGUAGCUACAUACCAAAAUGACUAAUACAGUUCGCUUGUGCUAUAUUAUUCUCGGUUUAUUACAAAUUUUUCACUGAUGUUUUAUUACUAUGUUGGUUUGCUUCGUGACUUGACAGACAUACAUCUGUGGUUCGCCAUCCCUUCUUUAUAAUGAACUCAAAACCUAUCUUAUGAAGCUCUUGUAAUAGUGUUCAAUAUUUGUCAAUCAUAUUUGGCUGCUUUUUUAUUUUCACAAGACAUAUCUGAAGCUGACAUAUUUAUUGUAUUGAAUUCCCAUUUCUAUGAAGUUCUAUUUGUGGUUUUGACAUUAUUUUGGAUAAAUUUUCCAAAUUAUGGUAUAUUUGAACCUCAUUUUGAAAAUUGAACAGUAGAUUGAUUAUUGACGGUGUUUUCAAGCCUGUGCUGUGAGCAUGGCUCUAUAGCAGUGGCCCUCAAACUUCCAUGGUUUGUGACACCCAUCCAAGAACUCACAGCGCUUGUGGGCUCACCUUGAGAAGCCCUGCUCUAGAUAACGUUUUGGUACGGCAUAGCCCACCCAAUUUUUAUUUACACCUCUGGUUAGACUGUGUUCAUUUUUCAAAAUGAAAUGUGCUUAUUGUAGAUAAAUAUUAAAUACAGUUUUUGAAUAAAAUUAUAUAUUUGAGUUAUAUUUUGAAGAAGUUUGUUAGCAGAAUAAUUUUUGUUAAGUUUAUAUAUAAAAACCGGAAGUAUGGUAUAAUGGUUAAGCAAUGAAAUGCUAGUGAGGAAAUAAAACUGCAUGGACGCGGUUACCCAAAAAGGAUAAAAAAUUAAUUUCAAUCAUACAAAAUGAUUUGAAAACUGUUACCCUCAUCAAUUUAUUUUGGCCUGGUUUUUGAAAUUCUAAUUCUGCUGUCAUUCUUAUUUCUCGAGUUGAGACUGAUUUUGUUUUUCAAUAAUCAUAAAAUAGGAAUCUAGUAGGUGAUGCAUCUCCGAAUGGUUAUUCAUCUACACUCUACAGCAAGCUACCUGUCUUCUUGUCUAACCAUAAAAAUUUCUGAUAAGCUUUUUAUUUUAUUUUUUUGUUAUGUUAAGUGAAGCUAGUACAGAUUGUAGAGUCGAUUUUGAAGAGAUUUUUGUGCUUUUAGCAUUUAUAUUGUAUUGUUUCUGUUAUAAAAUGUUCAAGACUCCUGUAGCAGUGUAUAAUGUUUUCUCUUGCUGAGCUGUUUUUUCCUUUUUGCUAGAUUUUUUGUUCAUACGCCACUCUUCUAUCAGAAAUGUUUGGCUCUAAUUUUGUGACUUUAAUUCAUAUAAAUUUAUCAAAAAAUACUGACUACUUGGUUGAAAUGGAAACAUGAUUUUGACCUUCCGGCGCUAAUUAUUGUAAUAAAUAGUUCUAAACUAGUUGGACAAUUUAUCUUAUCUGAUGGGACUGGUGUUAGUAUACAUGGCUGGAAAAAAAUUGCAUAUCUUGCGAUUUUAAAAUGGAAUCAUUGAAAACCCUUUUUUUAAGCUGUUUCGUUAGUGGAUUAUAAAUUUCUUCAAAAUUUGAGAAUUUCAUGACAAAACGAGGGAAAGGUUGGAAUUUUGAGAUAUUGCUAUUUGAAAAAAUUACAACAGAUGUUAGUUUUUUUUAGCUGUUUUUCUAGUCAAAGUUUGAACAUUCACCAAGGUUCUCUAAUAAAAAGUAAUAAGAGUUUAGGAAUUGAAAAGAUCAUUUUCUUAAAACAGUUUUUUUUUUUUAAGUUUUGCCAUUUCGGGUUAAAACCCUCAAAUUUAGAAGUACAAGUCUGAAUUUUGAUUCUCGUUUUGGGGUGUUUGAAAAUAUAACUCCAGUCCUGAAGCAAUUCGAUGAACAAAAUGCCAAAGUUUUAUUUCCCCAUUUCCUUUGCUCUGAGCAUUUUUCCCAUGAAGAAUAUUGAGUAAUUUGGGUAAUUUGCUUUUCUGUUUCAUCUUCAUACUAUUAUCUUGCCUUGUCUGUUUACAUGAUAAGUACCAAAUUAUUACCAAGUUAUUUUUGUGGUGCAUUACUUUGUAUUUUUGCUUCGAGACCUUAUAUUUUAUUUUCAAUUUAUUUUGAGGUGAAGCAUUUUCAGAUUUUUAAAUGUUUCGAUAAGAAAAAGAUCAUAUUUGAGGGAACGAUAUUUUUUUGGAAUUUUCAAGCUUGAUAUUGUUUCCUCAAAUUGUAAAGCAUUUAAUGUUAAUAAUUUCUGAAAAUUACAAUGAUUGGUGAAAUAAUAGGGAUUUUGCAGUACCCUAUGGUUCCACCAGGUGGCGCCAAUACAGUCCAGGGGUAUUGUUCAAAUAUAAUCAAAUGCAUAUUAAGUUUGCCGCUAUUAUUUAAAUUGCUACAAUUAAAGAUCAUUUUGUGUUG